AACAAUACAAACCGCGACGGAUCAUCGUCUCGCCGAUAGACGAUUGAUCAUCCGUCACGUAUCGCGAAAAAAAUUCUACUGACAAAAUCGGGAUACCUGAAACUCUAAACACCUAACUGAUUUGCUUCGCUAAGCUCAAAAUUAGUUUCAAACGAGCCGCGGCUAGAUUCGCGCGAGUGUGUGCGCGGGUGUAGACACAUUAUUAUAAUUGCUGACUACUUUAGUUAACUCAUCCCAAGUCGCAUUUAUCGGAUGGGAAAGAUCGUCGCGGUGAAUUAUUCCAGCAAAGCAAAUUAAAUAGAACUGUUUCAUCGCGUUCGGGAAAUCCUGUUCUCAGAUUGCACUGUCAGCUGGUAAAAUCUCAGAAGACCCCAAAUUGUUGUUUGUCAGACCCAUGCAGUGAUCUAACGAAUGGUAGAGUGCUGUGCUACGGAGAAUCAGUCAGCGAUCAAUGCGGCACGUCAUUCAAGAUAAUUGUGCAGUUCGAGAGUGAAUUUCACUUUCGCAGAAGCAGAAGCGUCGUUUGUUCCACCAAUCCAGCCCCACUCGGAAGCUCAACUCAUCAGUAUGCACCUCAUAGGAUUACGCUCAUUAUGGGGGCAUCCAUGGAUCAAAAUGUGGCUUGUACUUGCGGCUUGGUGCUAUAUCCACGUGAAGGCCGAUGAAUGUAUCACAUCGAAAAAAGAUCGACAUCGAACGGUCAUGGAAGCGUACCGGAAUUCGCCAAAUUGGAACGGUGUGUUAACAGAGGAUUCGCUGCACCUGCACGAUAACCAAUCGGAGCUGGACCUGUCAAAGCAAGGAUUUCACGAAGUGCACUGGCAUCUCAGUAGCAUAAUAGGCGAAGGAUAUGAUGUUUACCAACUAGACAUGUCCUACAACAACAUCGAGAUGCUAAAUGAAUUGACGUUUCUAAAGUUUUACUCGUUAGAAAUGCUCAACUUAUCGUACAAUAGGAUUAUGGUAAUCAACAACUUGACCUUCGGAUCGCUGAUACGGCUGAUGGAACUUGACUUGUCAUAUAAUCUAAUUCACACAAUCGACAAGGAAUCGUUUAAUCGCAUGUAUGCCCUGGAGACCCUAAAUUUGAGAGAAAAUUGUUUGAUAACGCUUAAUGAACAUCAAUUCCAUUUCAAUGAUCACCUGUCGUCCCUGUUACUGGACCACAAUCAGAUUGGAUUUCUACCGAGUGUUAUGUUUGACCCCCUAGCAAUGGUGGAAGAGCUAUUUGAAGUUGAUCUAUCCUACAACAAGUUUCAUCGAAUGCCGUUCAUAGAGGCCAAAGAGAUAGGGUUGCUGAAAGUGGACUAUAAUCAAAUAAACAUACUAUCCGUCAACCGAACAUACAACGUGAGAGCUCUGGAGGCACAUCAUAAUGACAUACACGACGCUGAUUUAUUUCAAUUCAGUUCUGCUGAACACGUUGAUUUGUCACACAACCAGCUGGAUAACAUUGCUGGCCUUCAUGAAAUGAAUCGCUUAGAAUAUCUGGAUUUAUCAUCGAACAACAUCUCGCGAUUUGACUACAAUCUCAAAUAUUCAAUACGUAACAUUCCAACCAUCACAACACUCAGAUUGCAGAACUGCAGUCUCAGUGAAGAUAAUAUGGACGGACUACUGAUGUCAGAAUCUAUUCUAAACCUUGACCUUUCUCAGAACAACUUUGUCCGACUGAACAUCAGUCAUCUUGCAAAACUGAAAAGCCUUCAAUAUGUCAGUCUUAACUUCAAUUAUCUACAAGAACUAAUUGAUUUCGAACAUAUGUCAAAGCAUUUCCCUUAUCUGGAAAUGAUAUCAUUCUCCUUCAAUCGGUGGAACUGCACCUACUUUGACAAGAUCAUUUCAUACCUCAAUAAAACCCACAUUCAAACAACCACCGAUCCCCGGGACUGCUACAUCAACGGCACUCACGUCACCGAUUCGGACAUCACGGAUUCGUUCGAACCGGAAUACACACUCAACCAGGUGAAACGCGACAUGAAUCUGGUAAAAAAUCUAGGUCGAAGUAUGACCUAUUUCAUGUAUGCACUGUAUUACAACAUGCACGGACUUAGUAAUCACACCAAUUCCUUGCUGAGACAAAACGAUCAAAAGUUAGCGGCCAUGAGUGCCGAAAUAGGGCACCUGGUGGGAAUGGUGGCCUUCAUGGUGACCAUAUUUGGUGCUGCGAUGCUGCUAGCGGUGGCCUACGGGUUGCAUAUUUUCUACAAAAAGUGGCAGAUGAACCGCUCGGUCAAGGUCGUGACUUACAACAAACGCACCAAUGAGUUCAGCAACGGCGUCACCGUGAAUGAAGUCAUACGGGACAAUGCGUGAAGGAAACCAAACAGUAUUUCGACGGGUGGGUGCCAUGUACAAUAUCGAGUGUGAAAUGUACCAAAUUUGUAUAGAUAGAGGAAAAUAAAGACGAUUAGCUUUAAGGUUCUGAUAAUAUUGAAAUAAAUCAAUCGAAACUGUGUCAAAUAAUGUACUGCUCAUCAAGCGAGCAAAGUUAACAUAAUGCAAAUUGUGUGAAUA